AUCACUUUCUUAAUUCUUAACUCAAAAACAACAACACCGUUUUCUGCAUUCUUCUUCUUCUUUCUCUUACAAUUUCAAUUCCAAUCUCUCUCUCUCUCUCUAAAACCAUGUCUUCAACAUCAUCAUCAUCUAUCAGAAACCUUCUUCCUAGAUCAUUUUCUUCCAAGCGAAAAUCAACUUCAUCAAACCCUAAAUUCCCAAAUUCAGAUGCCGAAAACACUCCCCCUACUGAUCCCAACAUUAUUCAGAUCAACUCUCACCAAGCAUUACCUAUCACAGCCAAACAAUCACACUCUGAAACCCCAAUUUCAACCCAAUCAAAUCCUCCUCUUGAAUCAGACCCAUCAGUGAAAGUUGUAGUACGAAUUAGACCUACAAGUAACAUUGGAAUAGGAGAUCAAGCUGUUAAGAAAGUUUCUUCUGAUAUCUUGUGUGUUGGAGAUAGACAAUUUAGAUUUGAUUCAAUUUUUGACUCCAAAACAAGCCAGGAAGAUAUUUUUCAAUCAGUCGGUGUUCCUUUGGUUAAAAAUGCUUUAGCUGGUUACAACACUUCAAUUCUGUCAUAUGGCCAGUCUGGAAGUGGAAAGACUUAUACAAUGUGGGGUCCUCCAAGUGCUAUGUUUGAGGAGCACUCGCCGCAAAGUCACAAAGGAAUUGUACCUCGGAUCUUCCAAAUGUUGUUUUCUGAGCUUGAAAAAGAGCAGCGCAUGUCUGAGGGGAAACAGUUCAACUAUCAGUGUCGAUGUUGUUUUCUUGAGAUAUACAAUGAACAAGUUGGGGAUUUACUUGAUCCAACCCAGCGGAACCUUGAGAUGAAGGAUGACUCCAAAAAUGCAAUGUCCUUGGAGAAUCUGAGUGAGGAAUAUGUUACUAGCUAUGAUGAUGUGACGCAAAUUCUGAUCAAGGGCCUCUCUAGCAGAAAAGUUGGAGCAACAACCUUAAAUUCUAAGAGCUCUAGAUCACACAUCAUUUUCACUUUAGUGAUCGAGUCUUGGUGUAAGGGAACUUCAACAAAUGGUUUCAGCAGUUCAAAAAGUAGCAGAAUUAGCCUUAUUGAUCUUGCUGGUCAGGACAGGAACAAAGUUGACGGUGCAGGCAGACAAUGUCUAAGGGAAACCAAAAGUGUAAAGAAGUCUUUAUCUCAGCUUGGGCACUUAGUAGAUGCCUUAACUAAAGAAACUUGCUCAGGAAAAGAAGUUUCAAACAGAAACUCCUGUUUAACACGUUUACUACAUGAGUCACUUGGUGGAAAUGCCAAACUCUCAGUAAUCUGUUCCAUCUACCCAGAUAUCAAGAAUAAUGGUGAAACACUGCGCACACUCAGAUUUGGACAACGAGUAAGAUCUAUUCGAAAUGAGCCUGUUAUCAAUGAAAUAAAGGAGGAUGAUGUUAACGAUUUGAGUGAUCAAAUCCGACAGCUGAAGGAAGAACUUAUUAGAGCAAAGGCUGAUGUUCGUAGCUCAGAUGGGAAUAAAAAAGGAUAUCUCCAUGUACAGAAUGUACGGGAAAGCCUGAAUAAUUUGAGGGUCAGCUUAAACCGCUCUCUACUCAUACCUAACAUCGAUAAUGAUACCGAUGAUGAGGUGAAUGUGGACGAGGAGGACAUAGAGGAAUUACGCCAGCAGAUUGAUGAAUUUUAUAGUUCAUGUGAAGGAAAUCCUAUAGACAUAUCUGUCAGUGAAGAUUGUGUUCAGUAUUAUUCUGUUGAGGAAAGUUGCGAGGCAGAUAUGACCUGUGGUGAUGAAAUUGAAAAAGGAGAAGUAUGUUCGGGAGAAGCAUUUAACAAGCUUUGUCAUGAGGACAGUUUUGCAUCAGAUAACACCUUGUAUGCCUCAGCCAACGACACCUCAAGGGCCAUUAGAUCUUCAUUCAGAGAUAGCAUUUCAAUCAGCUCAUCCUGUCGGUCUCCCAUGCUUCUUGAGGAACCACAACUUUCUGAGUCUCCAAAAAUCAGAAAUAUACAGAGGAAGAGUGUGGCCUUUUCAUCUUGUCUUGGAAGUUCAAAUAAAGUGGAAGAAGAAAAUUCAAAUUCCAAUAAGGAUUUGUUGGGUAAGUCAUUUACAAAGGAUGAAGUUGUGCGAUCCUCACUAAGAUCAAGCAAGGUUUUUCCAGGUCCCACUGAGUCCUUGGCAGCAAGCCUUAAGAGGGGAUUACAGAUAAUUGAUUCUCAUCAGCGGAACUCAUCAUUGAACAAAUCAUCAACUUCCUUCUCUUUUGGGCGUGGAAGUUUUGGCGAUUCUUGUGAUCAAACAAUGCAGCAGAAGAAAUAUUCUAUUGAUGAAAGAACUGCCACUUUGCUUUGUGGUUAUUGCCGUAAAAUAAUAACUGAUCAGGAUUCCAGAGAGGUCCGAAAUAGUUUAAAGUCAUGCAUUGACACAUCUGAAGCAAAAAAUUCGGAUGGACUGAAAGAUAAGACUCCAAAAGAUUUGGAGAGUAUAACAGAAAAAGAAAUCACCAGAGAAGAGGAGCUUGAGAAUAUUUGCAAGGAGCAAGCAGCUAGAAUUGAUGAACUAAAUCAAUUGGUGGAGAAACUUAAAGGAGAAAAAGAACUGAACUCCAUCACCGUGUAUCGAGAAAGCAACAAGCAGACUGAACAUGCAGAAGAUGACAAUAACUCGAUGAAAGAUGAAUACAAGCUCUUGAAAGGAACAUCCUCAGAUAGUCAUUUAGAAGAAAAAUGUGAAAUUAAAGAAGUCCGUGAAGAAUUAACUCAAAGAAGCAUCUCUUUUGAUGCUACUGAGAAGGAAGAACUUCUCAAGGAAAUUCAGAAUCUGAGAAGCAAGCUACAGUUAUACAGCGAUGCACCAGUUAAAAUGUCCACUGAUAAACUGAGAUCUUCAUUAAUAUCAAGAUCCAUUCAAUUGCGUAAAAGUGGUGUGUUUUCUCCUAAUAAUAAUAAUAGUGCAGAAGAGCUAGAGAAAGAAAGGGAGAGAUGGACAGAAAUGGAAAGUGAGUGGAUUUGUCUCACUGAUGAACUAAGAGUUGAUCUCGUGGCUAACCGGCAGCGGGCAGAGAGGGUGGAGCAGGAAUUGAAGUUAGAGAAGAUGUGCACUGAGGAGUUAGAUGAUGCACUCAAAAGAUCAGUUCUUGGACAUGCUAGGAUGGUAGAACACUAUGUUGACCUCCAAGAAAAGUAUAACGACUUGGUUGCAAAACACAAUGCUAUAAUGCAUGGCAUAGCCGAGGUGAAGAAAGCAGCAGCUAAGGCCGGGAAAAGGGGUCAUGCCCGCUUUGCCAAAUCUCUUGCCGCCGAGCUUUCUGCAUUGAGGGUGGAGAGGGAAAGGGAAGCAAAAUUCUUGAAGAAGGAGAACUCAAGUCUCAAAGCUCAACUAAGAGACACUGCAGAAGCUGUUCAUGCUGCUGGAGAAUUACUUGUCAGACUCAGAGAAGCCGAACAUGCAGCUUCUGUUGCAGAGGAUAAUUUUACAAAAGUUCAACUGGAUAAUGAAAAGCUUAAAAAGCAAAUGGAUAAGCUCAAAAGAAAGCACAAGAUGGAGUUGAUUACCAUGAAGCAGUACCUUGCAGAGAGCAAAUUACCAGAGUCGGCACUGAAACCGCUAUACCGAGAGGAUUCCGAUGUGGCACACAACAAUGCAAGUCCUCGCUAUCAGGAUGAUGAUCAGUCAUGGAGAGCUGAAUUUGGAGCAAUCUAUCAAGAGCAUAUUUGACUGUUGUUGAUUUGAUUAGAAAUUGAUGAGUUUGAUCCUACUUGGAUCAAAAAGUCAUAAAUAGAUCACUUUAUAUUCUUUAUAUUUGUUUAAAUUCAUUUGUACUUUUUAAGCAGUGUGGAACAAUUGGUUUGUGGAAAAUGAAUUAUUUUGUCUCCUUGUGACAUAUUAGGUAAUAGUACUGUGGGAGUAAUAACAUUGGUCCAAUGAUUGUUUCUUUUUUUGUUA